CUUGUAUAUAUUCUUUUCCUUUUGAUCUUCCCCUGUUCUUCACAUCUCCAGAAAUGGAAGGAAUUGCAGCCGCUCAGUUUGGCCGUCGUAAACUUAUUCAUCUGGUGAGGCAUGCGCAAGGCAAGCACAAUCUGGAAGCAGACAAGAGUCGAGAUCCAUUAACAUCGUUUGAAUAUUUGGAUGCUGAACUCUCUCCUCUAGGCUGGCAACAGGUUCGUGAUCAACGAAAAGAUGUUUGUUCAAGUGGAUUGCUGAAGGGGAUUGAAGUGGUGAUUUCUUCACCUAUGUCAAGGACACUGCAAACAGCUGUUGGAAUUUUUCACGGUGAAGACGAUGAAGAUUCGACAACCGUCCAUCUGCCUCCGAUUAUAGCAUAUGAACUUUGCCGAGAACGACUGGGAAAAUUUGAAUGUGACAAAAGAAGGAGCAUCAGCCACUACCAGUCCCGUUUCCCCGCCGUUGAUUUUUCAUUGAUCGAAAAUGAAGAUGACAUUUUGUGGAAAGGCGGUGAUCAAAUAGAAACACACGAAGCAGUGAGAGCUAGGGCUAUGAAGUUUACCCAAUGGUUGUGGGAGAGGGAAGAAAAGGAGAUAGCAGUGGUGAGCCAUGGAGUGUAUUUGCAGCAGGCAAUGAUUGAACUUAUUAAAAACAAUUUGUGCUACCCUUUACACAACGAUCCACUCUCCCGCUUCAAAAACUGUGAAAUCCGAUCGGUGUUCAUCUUUUCUGAAAGAAUAACUGGAGCGGGAUCAGAUGCUUUCGUGAUGAAAAACACCAACCGUGGAAGAAUGAGAAUCCCCUGUGAAAUUGAACAGCUCCAAAUCAAAGAUUCUGCCAAAGAGAAUGUUUCAGUGGAGGAACUGGAGGUCACAAAUUAAGUAAUAACUGUAAGGCGUUGGCCAAUAUGCAACUGGUCAUGUUUUGUUGAUUUUUUUUUAAAAUAAAAGUAACGAUUUUGAGAUAA